GGUGAAGUCCUCAUCUCACGAUUAUAUCGUCAAGAUCUGAAACGAUCCGUAGCAGACAUAUUUCGAAUACAAGUAAUAUCCAACACUGAUAUACGAUCACCCAUAGUUACGCUUGGUUCUACUUCAUUUUUUCACGUUCGGCAUGAAAACCUUUUUAUCGUUGCUGUUACCAAAUGCAACGCUAACGCCGCCCUAGUGUUCGAAUUUUGUUAUCGACUCGUAAACAUCGGAAAAGCUUAUUUUGGAAAAUUGGAUGAGGAAGCCGUUAAGAAUAAUUUUGUACUGGUGUAUGAGCUUUUAGAUGAGGUUCUCGAUUUUGGAUAUCCACAAAACAGCGAAACUGACACACUGAAAUUAUAUAUUACCACCGAGGGAGUCAAGUCUGAACGUGCCUUAAAAGAAGAUUCAUCGAAAAUUACAAUUCAAGCAACUGGUGCCACAUCGUGGCGAAGACCAGAUAUAAAGUAUCGAAAGAAUGAGGCUUUUAUAGAUGUUAUCGAGUCAAUUAAUCUGUUAAUGAGUGCCAAAGGUACUACACUAAGGGCUGACGUUUCUGGGCAAAUUAUGAUGAGGGCUUAUCUUUCUGGAACACCCGAGUGUAAAUUUGGAUUGAAUGACAAAUUAUUGUUGGAAAAAGAUACUUCUCAUAAAGGAAUGGCAAGGAAAUCUACUGCUGUUGAAAUCGAUGAUUGUCAAUUUCAUCAAUGUGUAAAAUUGGGAAAAUUCGAUUCAGAUCGUACAAUCAGCUUUGUACCACCAGAUGGUGAAUUUGAAUUAAUGAGGUACCGCACUACUGAAAAUGUCAUUCUUCCGUUCCGUGUCCAUCCGGUAGUCAAUGAAAUUGGAAAAUCUCGUGUCGAGUAUCGGGUCACAGUGAAAGCGAAUUUUUCGCCCAAAUUAUACGCGAAUAAUGUAUUAAUAAAGAUCCCCACACCGCUUAAUACCGCCAAUAUAAAUGUUCGUGUCGCUUCAGGAAAAGCGAAAUAUGUACCAGCUGAGAACGCAAUUGUUUGGAAAAUUCCACGAUUUCAAGGACAGUAUGAAGUAAUGUUAAGUGGGGACGCAGAGCUUUCUGCAAUGACAGUCAAAAAGGCAUGGUCGAGACCGCCAAUAUCAAUGGAUUUUCAAGUAUUGAUGUUUACAUCUUCAGGAUUAUUAGUAAGAUUUUUGAAGGUUUUUGAAAAAAGCAAUUAUACUAGUGUCAAAUGGGUAAGGGCUGGUGGUUACGCAGAGGAAGAAUUACAAAGUUGUUUCUUGCCUGGAGCAACAAAUUUUCACCUUUCGUCUGUAAGAAAUAAGAUUAAGCAUAAAGAGGUCAAUCUUUUUCUUCCCGGCUUUGUACUUGCUUUGUACCUGCUUUUAAGAAAAAAAGUCAUGGCUUACGAUUAUCGGAACGAUCGGAACGACAAAGCAGGUUUUUAUCCACUUCAUAAUAACAGAUUUCAUGAGGAUGGUAGAAGCAAUGCCGGCUAUAAUAGCAAUUAUCGGCAAUAUACAACGGAGGAUGGAAACAUUGCAUAUUCUGAUAGUAAUAUAGAUAUGUAUAAUAGAACUUAUAAUUCUUCCAAUGCUUUUCAAAAUUCCAGUCCUAUUCCCCCAGCGCCCUAUCAAAAUUCAAGAUCACAAUCAGGUUAUCCAAGUUCCCAAGCAAGUCUGCCACAUUCAUCGGGUUAUGAUAGAAAAGAUAAUUCAAAUCCAAAGUAUUUUCCUCCAGGACAUGCUUCGUAUGAACCACUUGAUUCUUAUUCAGAAAAUAAAGAAAUGUUACCAACUGCUGCUGUCGCACCGGAAACAACUGGGCCGAAGCCUCCAACAAAUUAUGAUACUCAAAAAUUAUCUGAGUUUGGAGACGAACCUAAACCGGAGGCAAAACAUGCAGCAGUUUUGCUAUUGGGACGUGUACCAUCAGUUGACUUCUUAGGAGUUGCGGAUUCCCCCACCGGUGCUCAACCAUAUGUUAAGAAGACUUCUGGAUUUGAUUUUAAUUUUGGUCUUCGUAUCCAAGUUAACAAUCCUAAUAUCAUUGGUGCAAAAUUCUCGAUGAUAAAGGCUGUGGCAUAUUAUCCAGGUCACCAAAAUCCUAUCGGGGGUGGGAAUUUAACUAACGUUAACAUUCCAAGUAAAUCCAACACUACAAUUACAUUCCCAUUUUCUAUCAAUUAUGAUGCAUCAAUUGAUCCAGGAUUCUCGAUAUUACUUGAUAUCGCAACAAAAUGUGGGUUAACUGGUGGUAGUAAGUCCAAAUUGUCAAUUGAUUACACAUUGACCUUGUCAUUUAAUGUUCUUUUUAUACCUGUGAGCCCAAGUUUCCAAAAGACAGCUAAUAUAGACUGCCCUAUUCAG